CACAUCCAAAUUCUCUCUCUAUUUCCAAGCUCGUUGGAUCGAAAAUUCAUUUGCGAUGGAGUUAGAUAUAGUCCGAUUUCUAGAAAACAAGACCAUACUAGUUACUGGCGCCACCGGUUUCCUAGCCAAGAUUUUUGUGGAGAAGAUACUCAGAAUUCAACCAAAUGUGAAGAAAAUGUUCCUCCUUAUUAGAGCUACGGAUAAACAAUCAGCUACACGUCGGUUACAUGAAGAGCUCCUACAGAAGAAGUUAUUCCACGUUUUGAGGGAAAAAUGGGCAGAGAAUUUCAAUUCAAUUGUGGAGAAAUUGACUCCAGUUCCUGGUGACGUUUCUUGCGAGAACUUGGGAGUACAUAAUUUUGAUUUGAGGUCGCAGAUGUGGAGAGAAAUAGACAUAAUCGUUAACUCCGCCGCAACUACAAAUUUUUCCCGCAGAUAUGACAUUGCACUAGCUGUCAAUUCAUUUGGAGCGAAGCAUGUUGCUGAAUUUGCUGUAAGAUGUGCCAACAUAAAGAUGCUACUCCACAUAUCAACUGCAUAUGUAUGUGGCAAUAUGACUGGAAUUAUACGAGAAAAGACAUUUAACAUGGGUGAGACGCUCAACGGAUCAGGAGUAUUGGACAUGAAUGAAGAGAAGCUCCUGGUUGAAGAAUUAAUGAUGGAACUUCGAGAAAUGAAUGCUUCAGAAAGAGAAAUCACCAUUGCUUUAAAGAAUUUGGGCCUGCAAAGGGCAAGGCUCCAUGGUUGGCCAAACACGUACACAUUGACGAAGGCGAUGGGGGAAAUGAUAUUGUGGCAUCAUUGCAACCAAAAUACACCACUUGCUUUUAUAAGACCCACAGUCAUAACAAGCACUUAUAGAGAACCUUUUGCCGGUUGGAUGGAGGAUUCUUCUUUCAGAACAAUCGACAGCAUUGCCAUCAAUUAUGGUAGAGGAAGACUGAAAUUCUUCCUGGGCAAUCCUGAUACAAUAAUCGACACGAUACCGGUAGAUAUGGUGGUAAACGCUAUUAUUGUGGCCAUAGCGGUGCAUGCUAAUAAGCCUAAUUCAAACAAGAUUUACCAAGUGGGUUCCUCGAGGAAGCAUCCUUUGACCUAUUUAGAUAUUACAGACAUCGCAUGGAGUUACUUCAGGGAUAGCCCUUGGAUCGACGAGAAUGGGGAGCCGGUCCAAGUUCAUAAGAUUGGAAUUAUGGAAAGCAUGGCCAGCUUCCGCAAGCACUUGAGACGUUACAUUCUCUUAACGAAGGUACUGAAAGUAGCUAGCUCCAUGUUUGGCGGGCGUCUCCAAGGCCUGCACGCUGAUCUGCCCAAAAAGGUCAACGCUGCUGUGCGAUUGGCAGAACUCUAUGAACCUUAUGCAUUCUUCAAGGGCAUCUUUGAUGAUACAAAUACGGAAGCUUUGAGAGCCACAAUCUCUGACAAUGGAGUAAACUUGGAAAGGGUAUUCUACUUUGAUCCGAGAUGUAUCGAUUGGGAGGACUAUUUCAAGAGAAUUCAUUUCCCUGGACUGGUCGAUGCCUUCAAUCGCAAGUGAGCAAUGAUGCAAUUAAUAUGUUGUUUGGGACAUGUAAUAUUUAACAUUAUGAAAUGCGUGUUCUAUUCUAUUAUGUAUGGAAAUAACUCACGGUGGUGUAACACACGCAUCUGUUGUUAUUUCUGAUGUCAUGGAUUGAAGUGCCAAUCCUGUUGAAAAAGAAAU